UUCCGUUUUGCCUGUGGUGUGGGAAAAUGAUGAAUGGGGGCUGUUCUGUCUGGGGAGGAGGGCUGCUGUCACUCUGGCGUGCCUGUAGCCUUAUUUAUUACACACCAAAGUAUAAAACCACCCAGCUGCUGCAGCUGUCAGCUCCAGCCCUGGCAUUUGCCCGAGGAGACCACGCUCCUGGAGCCCCGCCGUCUUCUCAAGGAGGUUCUGAGGCUCCGUCGAGAAUCAUGCUUGGAAGGCAGCUCAUCUGUUGGCACCUGCUGGCUUUGUUUUUCCUCCCAUUUUGCCUGUGUCAAGAUGAAUACAUGGAGGUGAGCGGAAGAGCUAAUAACGUGGUGGCGAGAAUAGUGCAAAGCCACCAGCAGACUGGUCGUAGCGGCUCCAGGAGGGAGAAAGUGAGAGAGCGGAGCUACCCUAAAACUGGGACUGUGGAUAAUAACACUUCUGCAGACCUAAAAUCCCUGAGGCCAGAUGAGCUACCGCACCCCGAGGUAGAUGACCUAGCCCAGAUCACCCCAUUCUGGGGCCAGUCACCACCAACUGGAGGACUGCCCCCAGACUGCAGCAAGUGUUGUCAUGGAGACUAUAACUUUCGAGGCUACCAAGGCCCCCCCGGCCCGCCAGGCCCUCCUGGCAUUCCAGGAAACCAUGGAAACAAUGGCAAUAAUGGAGCCACUGGCCAUGAAGGGGCCAAAGGUGAGAAAGGCGACAAAGGUGACCUGGGCCCUCGAGGGGAACGGGGCCAGCACGGUCCCAAAGGAGAAAAGGGCUACCCAGGGAUUCCUCCGGAACUUCAGAUUGCAUUCAUGGCUUCUCUGGCAACCCACUUCAGCAAUCAGAACAGUGGGAUUAUCUUCAGCAGUGUUGAAACCAACAUUGGAAACUUCUUUGAUGUCAUGACUGGUAGAUUCGGGGCCCCAGUAUCAGGUGUGUACUUCUUCACCUUCAGCAUGAUGAAGCACGAGGAUGUUGAGGAAGUAUAUGUGUACCUCAUGCAUAAUGGCAAUACAGUCUUCAGUAUGUACAGCUAUGAAACAAAGGGGAAAUCAGAUACAUCCAGCAACCAUGCUGUGCUAAAACUGGCCAAAGGGGAUGAAGUUUGGCUGCGAAUGGGCAAUGGCGCUCUCCAUGGGGACCACCAACGCUUUUCCACCUUUGCAGGCUUCCUGCUCUUUGAAACUAAGUAAAUAUGUGAAUAGAAUAGCUCCACUUUGGGGAAGGUGUGUAGCAGAGCUGGUAUUGUUAUGAUCUGAGGAAUAUUAAAGUUGACAGUCUUACAUGCUAUAUUUAAAAAAGUUGUUAUUGGUUACAUUGCUAGUCAUGCUGCAGGUACAUCAAUAAUGUGGGAUGACUCAGGGGCUCAGAAGAAUAAACCACAAAAUAGUCCUUCCAGAUGACAUUGACGAAUAAACUCGGCAUCUGUAUCACUCUUCUCUGGGCACCUAAAAGAGAAUUCUCCUCUGAUGCAUGUUGGAAAUAAUUGUUCCCAAGAGAUAAGUCAUUUGCAAAGAGUUGUGGCUGUUCUGUUAAGUUUACUACCAGUUUUCAGGAACACCUGAAGUUUGUAAUUCAUCAUUUUUUAUAACACUGCAGAGAACAGGGUGCAGUAAUCAUGAUGGGGCUGGUACAAGUAC